CUACAGAGCAUUGAUUAGACUAAUUCGAGCAGGAAGCGACUGUCUGCCAGGCGCAAGCACACUCUGAAGAGUUGCAUGCUGGUGGUGGCCAACAACCUCCUGGAGGCCGAGGCUGCCGAGAAGGCCGGGGAGCGAGAGAGGUUCCUGUCCGACAAAUGUCCUCCAAUGGACAUUCCAUACUCGGGUGAUGAGCUGCGGGAGCUCUGCAAGAAACUCCGCGAGCAGAUUGACAUCAGUGAGGAAGAACGUUACUGUAUUGAAUUCAAGCUCAACAUGGUCCUCAAUGAGGUCCGGGACCUGAAUAUCAAGAUCGUAGACCUGAGGGGCAAGUUCAAGAGACCCCGUCUGAAGAAGGUGCGCAUGUCAGCUGACGCCAUGUUGAAAGCUCUUCUGGGCUCCAAACACACCGUCAACAUGGACCUCAGGGCAAACCUCAAGCAGGUCAAGAAGGAGGUCAAGGAGGAGGAUAAGCAGCUGCGCGACGUUGGAGACUGGCGUAAGAACAUUGAGGACAAAUCAGACAGGAAGAAGAUGUUCGACAGCUAA